AUGUCGAGCGAAAACAAGGAGGGGCAGCAGCAGGGCGGGCCGAGCGUCAUGGACCAGAUCAAGGGUGGGUGGGUGAGGGGGGAUGCACACACCAUGAGGGGGCAUUCUGGACGAUUCGUUGCCCUGUCUGUGUGCAUGUGCGAUGGUGUGUGUGUCAGGCGGUGCGGCCUAUCUUGGCGACAAGGCCCAGCAGGCGCUUGACGCUGGCAAGCAGGCCGUCUUCGGCAGCGACGACACGAAGGACCCUCAGGGAGCCGACAAGGUACUAUCCGCGCACACAAGCCCUUCCGCCCACGCACACACACCCAGGCCAUGUACCCUGUGAUGUGAUGGCUUCCUCUGUGCAGUUGAAGGCCGACCUGGAGCGUAAGGAGCAAGAAGCCAAGGAUGCCUUGGAGAAGACGCGCCAGCAGGCCGACGAGCAGCUGCGCAAGAUAGGGGACGCCGCCAACGAGGCCAAGGCCAACGUCAAGGACACCGCCAAGGGUGCGCUUGACCAGGCCAAGCAGAUGAUCGGCGGCGACAAGGAGGGCGCUGGGGAGAAGAAAUAG